UCUUCUUCCGUCGACCUCUCUGCCUCUCUCUCCUCCGCCCGCCCUCCGACUAGGAUCGCCCGCGGCGAAUCCGGCGCCCAUGGCCUGGCGGCUCGCCCUCUCCAAGGCUGGGAGACGGUCGUCCAACGUGAUCUACAACGAGCUAGCAUCUACAGCUCCUUUCAGAACUCCUGCCAAUGGCACAGGUAGUUUUCUUCUUAAGAAGUUGCAGGAGAGGUACCGAUCCAGCUAUACCGGUAGUUUCUCCCGCAUGUUCAGGGACUUUGACACGCCGAGCGAUGCUUCUCUCCUUAAAGAGAUUUACAGAAGUAACCCAGAAAGAGUCGUACAGAUCUUCGAGAGCCAGCCCUCAUUGCAUAACAACUCUGCAGCUCUCUCUCAGUACGUCAAGGCGCUUGUCACACUCGACAGGCUGGAUGAGAGCCCGCUGCUCAAGACAUUGCAAAGAGGAAUUGCUAAUUCAGCAAGUGGGGAAGAAAACCGUAGUGGUAUUGCAGCAUUUCAGAGUGUUGGCCGUAUGACAAAAGAUGGUGCUCUUGGUACCGCUGGUGCACCGAUUCACAUGGUUGCAUCAGAAACAGGCCAAUUCAAGGAGCAGCUUUGGCGUACCUUCCGCAGCAUUGCACUUACUUUCCUUGUAAUCUCUGGCAUCGGGGCUCUGAUUGAAGAUAGAGGAAUUACUAAAGGCCUUGGAUUAAAUGAAGAGGUUCAGCCGAGCUUGGAUUCGAACACAAAAUUCAGUGAUGUCAAGGGGGUUGAUGAAGCUAAAGCCGAACUUGAGGAAAUAGUUCACUACCUACGAGAUCCCAAGCGUUUCACACGCCUUGGUGGCAAGCUUCCAAAAGGUGUUUUACUUGUCGGCCCACCUGGCACAGGGAAAACCAUGUUGGCAAGGGCCAUCGCUGGGGAAGCUGGUGUUCCAUUCUUCUCCUGCAGCGGCAGUGAGUUUGAGGAGAUGUUUGUGGGUGUGGGGGCAAGAAGAGUGAGGGAUCUAUUCAGUGCGGCAAAGAAGCGGUCUCCUUGCAUAAUUUUCAUGGACGAAAUCGAUGCGAUUGGUGGGAGCAGAAACCCAAAAGAUCAACAGUAUAUGAAAAUGACUUUGAACCAGUUGCUUGUUGAGCUGGAUGGGUUCAAGCAGAAUGAUGGGAUCAUCGUGAUCGCAGCAACAAACUUCCCUCAGUCGCUGGAUAAAGCCCUUGUUAGGCCUGGGCGUUUUGACCGUCACAUCGUGGUUCCUAAUCCUGAUGUGGAGGGCCGUCGGCAGAUCCUUGAGACUCACAUGUCAAAGGUCUUGAAAGCCGAAGAUGUGGAUCUGAUGACCAUUGCCAGGGGAACGCCUGGAUUCUCAGGCGCAGACCUUGCAAACCUGGUUAACGUGGCGGCUCUCAAGGCUGCCAUGGAUGGGGCCAAAUCCGUGUCGAUGCAUGACCUUGAGUUUGCCAAGGACAGGAUCAUGAUGGGCAGCGAGCGCAAGUCAGCAGUGAUAUCCGAUGAGGUGAGGAAGCUGACUGCGUAUCACGAGGGAGGGCACGCCCUUGUCGCGAUGCGCACCGACGGUGCUCACCCAGUCCACAAGGCCACCAUCGUCCCAAGGGGGAUGGCCCUGGGCAUGGUCACGCAGCUGCCAGACAAAGACCAGACCAGCGUGUCGCGGAAGCAGAUGCUGGCGCGGCUGGACGUCUGCAUGGGCGGGCGCGUGGCCGAGGAGCUCAUAUUCGGGGAAAAUGCGGUCACCUCCGGUCCCAGGUCUGACCUGAGCCAGGCGACCCAGCUGGCCAAGGCCAUGGUCACCAAGUACGGCAUGAGCAAGCGCCUCGGCCUCGUCUCCUAUAACUAUGACGACGACGGUAAGGCCAUGAGCACGGAGACAAGGUCCCUGGUCGAGCAGGAGGUGAAGGAGCUGCUGGAGACGGCCUACAACAAUGCCAAGAGGAUCCUCACGACCCACGACAAGGAGCUCCACGCGCUCGCCAACGCCCUCAUCGAGCGCGAGACCCUCACUGGCGCCCAGAUCAAGGCUCUGCUGUCGCAGGUGAACAGUAGCGAUACUCCUCAGCAUCAGGCUGCUGAAGCUCCACAGAAAACACCAGCCACACCAGCCUCGCCCCAGAAGCCAGCUGCAGCAGCAGCCGCCGCGGCCGCAGCUGCAGCGGCAGCGCAAGCUAAGGGAGUUGCGGGCAUCGGUUCUUAGCUACACCGGGCCGUGGAUCUGCAAAGAGCCAUCAGCAUGCCUUUUUUUAUGGACAGCAAACAAUGCAAGUGCUUAGCUACUGUGAACAGAUAGCUUGUGGAGUAUUUUAGCUAGCUACAUUUUACAUGAUCCUGACUGUUGGUAGAGGGAGCCUGAAGAAGAUCCAUUCAUGGCAGCAGGAUAUCUAUCCCUGAUCUGUGUUUGUAAUCGGUAUUAAUUAGUCCUCUUAUUCGAUCUAGCGAUUGAAGUUCCACAGGUUAAUUUAGAUGGCCGUUGUCGCUAUGGUUACAAUGAUGCCAUCUUUACCAGAAUUUGCCAUUGUAAAUCGUGGUUCAGAUCAACUGGUACUCUAGCUUGAUUUCUUGUUUUGCCAGCCCGUGGCGAUCCGUGAUA